AUGACUCUGCUAUGGCUUGUACUGUUCCUUCUUCAUCAAGGAUGUACUUUAGUUCCCGUGGUCACAGUCCAGCCCGGGGAGCCCGUGACUUUGAAAUGCGUAAUGACUGAGAAGUUUGAAACUGUGACAUGGGUUCACUGGUACAAGCAAAGUGCAGGAAAUACUCUGAUAUUAAUUGCAAUGAUGCGUAAAAGUACAAGUACAACACCCACCUACGGCCCGGGAUUCUCAAAAUCAAGAUUCCACAUAACAUAUAUUGGCAACAUCAGCAAUCUGAUCAUUUCGUCAACAGUAGAACAAGAUGAGGGAAUGUACCAUUGUGCAUAUAUGGACUGGACUGAAUCUACUUGGACUGGGACCUAUUUGUCAUUAAGAGAAAACCCUCAGAGGAUUUCGAGCUUCACUGUUGUUCAGGAGCCAACAGUUUCUAAGCCCGCCAGUGAAACAGACGUAGAAACUCUGCAGUGUUCGGUUCUCUCCGACUCUGUAAACACAACCUGCUCAGGAGAACCCAGUAUGUUCUGGUUCAGAGCCAUAUCAGACACGUCCCAUCCAGAUUUCAUCUUCGCUGAGGGAAAAAUACCUAAAAACUGUGAAAAGACGUCAAACAAUCAGAAGAAAUGUAGUUAUAAUUUCACUAAAGUUGUCAAAUCAUCUGAAGCUGCCACUUAUUACUGUGCUGUGGCCACAUGUGGAGAGAUACUAUUUGGAAAUGGAACCAGCCUGAAUAAAGAAUCAAGUCUGUGGUCAGUGGAGGCCAUCACAGUCAUUUUCCAACUCUCCUUUCUUUUAGCCCUGAGUCUGAUAGUUAUAACCUUUCUCAUAUGCUUCAUCAACACAAACAAAUGCGACCAUUUUCAAGCUACUAACCUGAAUAAAAACUCUCAAAGCAGGAAUCGGAAACGUGAAGAUAAAUGGAUUUAUUCGACUGCAAUGUUCACAAUAAAUACUGACGGUGCUGAAACAAAGAAAAUACCAAAGAUGUUCAACAUACAUUUUCACUGAUUUAUCUGGUUCAUGGUUGUUUGGAGCUACAUAUUAAAAUAUUGUUGAUGAAAUUUGAUGUAUGACUUUAAUUCAAUGACUUUGUUUCCUGUUUGUGCAUUUUUUACAUUAUGAACAUGAGCUGAAAACAAUUUGUUCCACUUUUUGUAACUUGAACAGCUUUAUGGUUUUAGAGUAUAGACAACUAUCAUAUCAAGAAAUUAUAGGAACUUCAAAACUCAGAAAUCAGCUCUCAGAUUUCAUUUUUGUGAAUUGAUUUUCUGUGAAAUUGUAAAACCUUAAUUGAUGAUACUAACUUGUGUUGGUAGGAAUAGUUGGACAGCAGAAAUGCUUAGGUAGAAGAUGUCAUCCAUGUAAGUGAAAAAAAGAAACUUUUUCUGAUGGGUGCUGUUACUCACUUUAUCUGACCUAAUAUUGUUCAACAAUGUAAGUAUUUAUAUAUAUAGUAUUGUAUUAUAAAGCCAUGCACAAAUACAAAUGAUACAUUGGCUACAAAAGGACACUUGUUCCAAGUCUCUCUUACAUUUUCUGUCUGCAUUUUUUUGUGUUUACAUAAAUAUGUACCAAAAAUAAGCAAUUGGUAAUUUUCAUGAAAAAGGUUACUUAAUUUUUUGUUCUUUUUAUAUGGACAGCACUAAAAAGAAGCUGUCAAUACGCAAAGUGACAUUGUCACUGUUCUGAAGUAAUAGGCUAAAUCUUUCUUUUCCAAAAGUGAUUUUUCUUUGCCAAAAUUGCUAAACAAAAAUUUCAUACGUUUUAUCAUACUAGCCAUAGCAUACAGCAUAUUAUUGGUUGUUAUAGCACUUACUCUGUUUCUGUCUUAUUCUGCCUACACAUUAUUUUAGCUUCUUAUAUUUAUAUUUUAGCAAUGAUGUAGUUGCUUACAUACUUCAAUAUUUCAGAAUUGUAUAUAGUUAAUAAAUCUAGCAAAUCUAAGUGAAAAUCUGAUAAGGUUGUAUGUUUCUUACAUUGUGAGUUAAUGUAUCUCUUGUGUUAAUUGAACUUA